UUCAUUAAAAAAAGAUAUAAUAAAAUUAUUAAUCUAUUGAUUAAUUAAUUAUAAUAUCUUUAUAAAUAGCUUGGCUAGAUAGCUCAUAAAAAGCAAAAAUAGCUUCUAUUUGAUUAGAAUAAUAACAAAUUUAAAGUUUAGUUAAGGCAUUAAUAUAAAAUGGCAGAUGAUAUGUUCGAUAAUUUAUCCAGUCCUAGCAAGGAAGAUAAUAAUAAUAUGUAGGAAAUCGAUGAUGCAUUUGGUGAUAAUAUGAUAUAAGAAAAUAAUAAUUUUGGAUAAGUAUAUGGCGAGCAAGAAGAUUUUGAUAAAAAUUACUUUAAUCCAAAUUAUUACAAUAAUUAAUAAAUGAUUGAUGAGUAACCUGAAUAGCCGCCGUAAUAUUUGUAUUAGUAAAGUAGUAUAGGAUUUCCAAUUCGCCCUUUAAGUGUUAUUGAAUAAAAUGAGCAAUAAAAUCAGCCAAAUUUAGAGAUCAACAAAGUAUAAGACCAAUUGGAAGAAGAGUAAGCUGAAAAUAUAGAAAUGAAUCAGUAACAAGAAUUAUUGGAAUUAUGUAAUGAUCAUUUAUUAGUUAAAGAUGAAGAAGAUGAUAAAGAAAUACAAAUUAAAUCUUAAAAUGAUAUGAAACCAAAUGAUGAACCUGAAUUUUUUUAACAAGAAUUUCAAGAUAUAUAUCAAGCAGCCUCUUAAGUUAUUGAUAGACAAGUAUUUUGCUUUCCUCCUCCAUACUUUAGAAAUUUUAUCACACCUAAAUAAAUGGCUCCCCCAAGCUUGGAAGUUAUUUAAAAAAAUAAAUAAUACUUUUCACUUGGAUAUAAAAUGGAUUUUUCUAGUGUAUAUUAGAAGCCUAACGAAACUAUUUCAAGCGAAGAAAAGGCUGAUAUAAGUACAGUUCUUACUCCUAACAAAAAUUUAUAUGACGUGAUGUAGGAAAUUAUGAGCUCAAUAAUGAAUAAAUCGGUAGAAAUUUUGAAACAUUCACAAUAAGGAGGAUAAUAAUUAAAUGAUUAUAUUUCUGAAAUGGAAUUAUUAGUUAAAAAAUUUGCUAUUCUCUGCAAAAUGUCUAAGAUAAAAUUUGCUAAAUUAGAAGUAAUGAAAAUAUUUGAAAAUGAAAAGGCUCUUUUCUAAAAAAGUGCUGAUUAAAUAAAUACAUCGAUUUCUUAAAUCAAGAGAUUUAAAGAAUCUCUAAAGAUAAAUGAAAUAAUUAAUUCAAAAAAUCCUGUCAUAUGA